AUGGACUGGUUCUUCCCCGUGUGGAAAAAUAGCGGAGAGACUCGGACGUACUGGGGACGGACGAUUCGGUGGACACCGCUCCAUCCAUCCGCGGAAGUCCUGCAUCGGCUGAAAUUCACCUAUGACAGCCUGGCUGAUGACUGUCUUGAACGGCUGAAUGCGAUCUCGCCGCCGAAGCGGAGAAUGGCGGGCGAGAAUGUGGAGCGAGACCUGUAUGCACUUCUACGGGACAAUGCCUCCAAAGAUGACAGGCUCCGGGAACUGUGGGACCAAGUGAAUACCGUUCCGGAUUGGGUCGACUGGGAGCAGAUCGAAAGAGGGCAAGAGAUAUUCUAUCGAUAUGGGAUGGCGAAUUUGAGUGCGCUCCCUUUUCAGAGUCUUAUAGGUGGAAUGGGAGCAGGACGGAUUGCUGAAGUUCUAGUUCGUACGGGUGGCUUUUCUCCCAAGGUGGCUCGACGCCGACUAUUCGAGACCACGCAGUAUGUGUUAGAGGUAACCCGCUCACUGGAUUCCAUCAAACCUGGAGGCGAUGGCCACGCGUCCUCUGUACGAGUCAGGCUUCUUCAUGCCGCUGUCCGGCAGCACAUCACCAAGCUGGCGCAAAGGAUACCCGACUACUGGGAUAUGGAGAGGUUUGGCGUGCCGGUGAACGACCUAGACUGCAUCACCACCAUCUGCGCCUUCUCCACCGUUGUCAUCUACCUGGGUCUGCCGCGGCAGGGCAUCUGGCUCACUGACCAAGAGAUUGCCGAUUACGUCGCUCUCUGGAGACUGGUUGGUUAUUACCUCGGGACACCCACGGAGCCAUUUGACAAUGCAGAAAAGGCGCGUGCAUGGAUGGAGUCCAUUCUUAUAUCGGAACUGCAACCCACAGAGACUAGCCAGGUCCUGGCGAGAAACAUUCUGCUGAGUUUGGACAAUAACUACCCUCUUUAUGCGUCGAGGGAAUUCAUGGAAGCCCUCGUCCGGUGGAUGAAUGGCAACGAACUCUCUGAAAGACUUGGCAUGAGGAAGACAUGCAUGUUCUACUGGAUUCUAGUUGCAGGAUAUUGCAUGUUCAUCGUCACCAUGAGCUACGUUCAGAAGAUCUUCCCAAAUGUUGACAAAAACCUCAUCUCGAUUCGCCGCAAAAGUUAUUACAGGCUCAUCAUGGACGAGAAGCACGGACUUGGAAAAGAGACAAAGUUCAAUUUCAAAUACGCGGGCGAGAACACCCUUGAUUCGCUCAGGCUUGGAGAGACUGUCAGUCGCAACGGUAAGAAACGAGGCAUUGAGACGACAGCCUACAUAGGCCUGAUGAUCGCUGGUAUUCUUAUGGCCAUCGUUGGAUCUCUCGCCACACUGCUGUUGGGGAAUCCGUACGUGAAGCAAGCCCUGCUGAGUAUCGGGCAGCAGACCGGGGCAUAUACUGCACGUCUCAAGAUCAUGCUUGCGUGA